CGAGACUGGGCCGCGUGGAAGAACAUUGAGGGUUUUGACUGACCAGAGGGAGUCCUUUGACCUCCGCGAUGAGUCACGUGGGCUGACGGGGGCGGGGGCGGAAAGGCUGGAUAAGUUCCUUCCGGGUCAGUGACAGAAGCGGGGACUCCGUGGGAUAGUUCCGGCCGUGUUGGUUUUCCUCGCGUCUUCCUUGUACCAGCGCGAGGUGAUUGUGGUUUCUACGAUGAGCUCCCAGAAGGGGAACGUGGCUCGUUCCAGGCCUCAGAGGCACCAGAAUACGUUUAGCUUCAAAAAUGACAAGUUUGAUAAGAGUGUUCAGACCAAGAAAAUUAAUGCAAAACUUCAUGAUGGAGUUUGUCAGCACUGUAAAGAAGUUCUUGAAUGGCGUGUAAAAUAUAGCAAAUAUAAACCAUUGUCAAAGCCUAAAAAAUGUGUUAAAUGUUUACAAAAGUCAGUGAAGGAUUCUUAUCACAUAAUGUGUAGAGCAUGUGCCUGUGAACUUGAAGUUUGUGCAAAAUGUGGAAAGAAAGAAGACAUUGUUAUUCCGUUUAAUAAAGAAUCAGAGAAGACAGGAAAUCCUGAAAGUAAUCUGCGUUCCAACCAUAGAAGUUGCAGAAGAAAUGAAGAAGAAAGUGAUGAUGACUUAGAUUUUGAUAUUGACUUAGACACAGAAGACAAUCAAGUGGAUUAAUAUAUUAAAAAGACAGCGAGAGAGAGAACACAGCAGGGGGAGUGGGAGAG